GAAGGGAUGGAGCGUGGUUUGCUCUGUGGUUGAGGUGUUCAAGGCCACGCCCACCCAAGAGGGACAUGGCGGCGGGAGUGUUGAGGGUGCUGUGGCGGGGGAAGUUCAGCUGCGGCCCGGCCGUGGAUCUCCCUCAGUUAUUAGGUUGCAGACAGAAAUCAACAGUGAGUUUCCUUAGCCGGCCUGAUCAUCCAAAACUAGCUUACCAGAAGCUAAAAGGAAAGAAUCCUGGAGUUGUCUUCCUCUCAGGUCUCUAUUCAAAUAUGAAUGGCAAGAAGGCACUUGCACUUGAAGACUUCUGCAAGUCUAUUGGUCAUGGUUUUGUAAGGUUUGAUUACACUGGCUGUGGAAGUUCAGAGGGUAAUGUCAAAGAAUCUACAGUGGGAAAAUGGCGGAAGGAUGUUCUUUCAGUACUGGAUGAACUCACAGACGGACCACAGAUUUUAGUUGGUUCCAGUUUGGGCGGAUGGCUGAUGCUUCAUGCGGCAAUUGCCAGACCUGAAAAGGUGGUUGCACUGGUUGGAAUAGCUGCAGCUGCAGACCAUCUUAUAGCAACUUUUCAACAACUCCCUGUAGAGGUGAAGAAAGAAAUAGAAGAAAAGGGUGAAUGGAAGCUGCCAACCAAGCACAAUGAAGAAGGCUUUUACACUGUAUCAUAUGAAGUCAUUCAAGAGGCAGAAAAUCACUGUGUGUUGGGUAGUCCUCUUCCCAUAAAGUGUCCUGUGCGACUUCUGCAUGGCAUAAAAGAUGAAGAUGUUCCCUGGCAGACUUCCUUGAAAAUUGCUGAACGUGUUGUCAGUACAGAUGUGGAUAUUAUUCUUCGCAAAGCUGGUCAACAUCGGAUGAAAGAACAAGAUGAUAUCAAACUUAUUGUGUACACUGUUGAAGACUUGAUUGACAAGCUGACCACACUUACAUGAAUUGCAACACAGGCAAGAGCAGAAGAGGUUUGCACUUGUUUCUGUGGCUCAGUUUGGUUGGGUGUAUGGGGCAGUUUUCAUAUAGGAACUGUCCUCUUGAAGGACCUAGAGCUUUACCGUUGUUUCUGCAUCACCAUUUUUGGGGUAAAUCUAUAUUUUAAUACUGCAUUUGCACAAAUGACAGAAAAUAUGAAGAAAAUGCUGCUGUCUCAACCCUUUCUACCACACCCAGAUCACCUUUUUUGCAAUACUUAUUUCCUAUACUUUUGUACCCAGAUAUAUUUGUGCCAAUAAUUUCUUUCUUAUAAUAUGUUUUGACUUUUUCAUCCUUUUUACACCUUAAAAUAAAUAUGCAUUCUAAUGUUCUUCCACUUGAACUGUAAAAUGCAACUUAUCAAUUCAAACUCAGAAGAAAACUACCUGGAAUACUUGCACACUAAUUUUAGUUUAUACAAGUAUAAUUAAAGAAAAGUCUGCUUAGGGUUGGCGGUGGACACGGUAGUAAAAGCAAAUGGGGAGAAUAAGUGUCUUUCAUAUUAUUUAAAAUUACUUUGAAUUACUCAUUUGCUGCUUAUAAAGGAAUUAAAGGUUUCUGGAACUGUUCCUUGUAAUUUUGUAACCCAGCUAGUCGCCACAGUGAGAUAAAAUGCAAGCCAAUUGCCUAAUAUGCGUCUGUGCACAAAAGAAGGAAUAUCUGCACUUAGACAUUUACUUACCCAAAGCCUAAACACAUUACAUGGAAUACAGCCCUUCUACUUUCAAUGAGUUAUUUCCAAGUAUUGUGUGUGUGGCUGGGUAUAAAAAUUGGUAUGCAGAGGGUAGGGCCAGAUCAUGAACAUGUUUUGUAGUCUACAGGUCAUAGUCCAUUGUAUUGCUAUUUUUAAAAUAAACAUCUGUCCGUUUGUUUGCCAAA